AUGAUCACGAAGCGCAUUGUAGUAUCCGACGUUUCGCGCCUGUUCGAUCCGCUAGGUCUGGUCGGACCUGUCAUCAUUCAGGCCAAGAUUUUCAUCCAGGAGCUGUGGAAGCAGAGUUGCGGCUGGGAUGACCCUCUGAGUCCCGAGUUACAGGAGCAAUGGCAGGAGUACAGACGCAAUCUAGCUGGAUUGGAAAACCUAACCGUUCCCCGCUGGGUAGGAACCGGCGGUCAUGCUACUACCAUCGAGCUACAUGGCUUCUGUGAUGCGUCAAACAAGGCGUACGGUGCUUGCUUCUACGUGCGAACCAUCUCCGAAACGGGGGAGGUGUGUGUGAGGUUGCUGACGGCGAAAUCACGAGUCGCCCCACUCGACAACCUGAAAAAAGGGAACAAGCGUCUCUCGACCCCACGGUUGGAGUUAUCGUCUGCGUUGCUGCUAGCCCACCUCUUCGAAAAGGUCGUGAGCAGCCUUGGCAUACGUGCAAGGUGCUUCUUCUGGACGGACUCAACCAUCGUCAAGUGUUGGCUAUCGUCGUCGCCGUCAAGAUGGAAGCAGUUCGUCGCAAAUAGGGUUUCGGAGAUUCAGCACAUAACGAAGGACGGUGUCUGGAAUCACGUUGCUGGACUGCAGAAUCCGGCGGAUAUCAUUUCCCGCGGAAUGGCUCCCGUACAGCUGCAAUACGAAUCGCUCUGGUUCAGUGGGCCGUAUUGGCUGAGGUCGGACGAAUGCAACUGGCCAUCAGCCCCACCGAUCAGCGAAGACGAAUUCGAUCCGGUGGAUCUCGAGGUCAAGACCGUCUCGGCAGCACUUCCAGUCAUCCAACCAAGCGAUAUCUUCAGCCUCCGAUCAUCGUUCAGCGACCUCCAGCGCCUCACUGCCUGGAUAUUACGAUUCCGCUACAAUUCGCAAUCGGCAAACCGAAGUACGCGACGCCAAGAAGCUCUCACGAAACUCGAAGAAGCGACGAAGGUGUUGGUUCGCCUCUGUCAGCAAGAAAGCUUUCCGCAGGAGUUGGCAGACCUGACGAGCGGCAGAGAAGUUAGAGAAUCGUCGAAGAUCCUAGCUCUAAACCCGCAACUCGAAGACGGAAUACUGUGCGUCGGCGGCCGGCUUCGUCACAUCGUCGUCGCUUACAUCGUCGUCGCGCACUACCAUCGAAAGUUGCUGCAUGGCGGACAACAACUGAUCAUUUCGACCGUCCGAGAACGUUUCUGGCCGACAAGCGUCCGGAAUCUCGUGCGGAAGGUGCUUCACGAGUGCGUGCCCUGUUUUCGAGUCAGACCCAAGAUCCAGGAUCAGCUCAUGGCUGACCUUCCACCGGAAAGAGUCACUCCUUGUCCACCGUUUCAGCGCGUAGGAGUCGAUUACUGCGGCCCGUUUCAAGUCGCUUACCCGCACCGACGUUCUCGGCCAGUGAAGAUCUUCGUCGCCGUCUACAUCUGCCUCGUUACCAAGGCUGUACACUUGGAGCUGGCGGCAGACUUGUCCGCUCAAGGUUUCAUUGCGACCUUGAAGCGCUUCUCCUCCCGGCGUGGCAAGCCGGAGUUAAUCAUGUGCGACAAUGGCAGAAACUUCGUUGGAGCGAGACGUCAACUAGACGAACUUCGUCGGCUGUUCAUCAACCAGCAAUUCCAGUCAGACGUAGUCAGGGAAGCGAACGAGGAGCAGAUAGAAUUCCGCUUCAUCCCAGCGCGGUCGCCAAACUUCGGCGGACUGUGGGAGUCAGCAGUCAAAUCGUUCAAGCUGCUGUUCAAACGGACGAUCGGCACGCACACGCUCCUGUACGACGAGAUGGCAACGAUUUUGGCCCAGGCGGAAGCAGUUCUGAAUUCGAGACCGCUGACGCCGCUCAGUAAUGACCCGGACGAUUUCGAAGCGUUAACUCCCGGGCAUUUCCUCAUCCAGCGUCCCCUCACGGCCAUUCCGGAACCAGAUCUGGAUGGAAUUCCCGAAAAUCGACUGUCAGCCUUCCAAAAGGCUCAACGGUACACACAGCAGUUGUGGAAAAACUGGUCCAAGCUUUACCUGUCGGACCUCCACAACCGGACGAAAUGGACUGUACGUCGGAACAACAUUGCAGUAGGGACCAUGGUGGUUCUGAAGGAUGAAGAACGACCGCCUCUAAAGUGGCAGCUCGGCCGGGUGACAGACGUUCACGCUGGCGAAGACGGGAAUGUGCGGGUCGUAACGGUUAAGACCAAAGACGGCAGCUACCGCAGAGCAGUAUCAAAGAUCUGCGUGCUGCCCAUCCGUGACAAUAUUGUAUCGUCGAACGGGGAGAACUAA